UCCUAUCCGCAGCCCCUCGCUCCACUGGUUAGCACCCGACAGAGCGCUCGCCUGAGGAGGAGAGAUCCGCCGCUGGGUCCAACCGGCCGUCAAUGGAGGUGGCGGCGGGCGGCAAGCGCGCGUACAGCAUCAUCGUGCCCACCUACAAUGAGCGCCUCAACGUCGCCCUCAUCGUCUACCUCAUCUUCAAGCACCUCCCUCCAGAUGGAACUCAGGACAUCGUAAAACAACUGCAGCAAGUAUAUGGUGAAGAUCGUGUUUUACUGCGAGCUAGGCCAAGGAAGCUAGGACUUGGCAUCGCAUAUUUACAUGGAUUAAAGCAUGCCUCAGGGAAAUUCGUUAUUAUCAUGGAUGCGGACCUAUCUCACCAUCCAAAGUAUUUGCCAAGCUUUAUUAGGAAGCAAAAGGAAACUGAUGCUGAUGUUGUAACUGGCACACGUUAUGUUAAGAAUGGUGGUGUCCAUGGGCGCGUGGUCCUGGAGGCGGACGUGACUUGGCGAAGGACCUGCGGCGGCACACGCAGCUGCUCUCAAGCGCAGUGCGGUGUCUACUGGGAUGUCUGGGAUUGCCAAGGAAAGGCACAAACUCUCGCUGAAUAAUCUCAAGAGCAUUUUUCAGAAGCCAAACCUUGGCAACGAUCGAUCCAUUGGUAAAUCAAUUCUAGAGAGAAUCAACAGAUCGAGCCAUAGCUCCAAGAAAAUUGAGCUGACAGAUUGGGGAGGAAAAAGUAAAUACUGCUGGAAGUGGAACACAAUCAAUCAAACAUAGCAGCAACGCUUGCUGCAAAACUUGAUUUCCGAAGCCUGUGUUUAUUAAUUUGGUUUAGUCUAGGAAAUAUUUUCUGUUCAAGGAUGCACCGAAUGGGUGAUACUUAACUAAACUCAGUGUAACUUGCCAUCACCAGAAUGAUUUACCACAUCUGAAGAUCUUCGCAGAUCA